UAUCCGAAUCACAAAAUUGGAGGGAAGAGAGAAUAUUCCAAUUAGGGUGAGUUCCGUUCCGAGUUUCGUGCGAAACCUGGAUUCUCGAGAUUCGCGCAAUUCAAUUUUUUUUUCAACUUCACCAAUUGACUAUUUUCCUUCGAUCUUUUUCAUAAAAUAUCGCAUUCGAAUUCACGUUUUGCAUAUUCCGAUUGCAAAGCGCCAAACACAAACCAAACAAUUUUUAUUUUUUUUUAUUUUUCGCCAUUGACGAUGACUCGCUCCUCCGAUCGAGCUUUUCUUCUCCUUCUGCUCGUCGCCGCCGCCGCCGCUGUGGUUGUCACCGCCGAUAGUGGCUUCUCGGUGAUGGAAGAAGAUUUGGAUGAAAUUGAAAGCGUAGUUGGAGGAGGAUUAGGGAAGAAGCAGAGAGAGUUCGAUUAUUUCGCGUUGUCGUUGCAAUGGCCGGGAACUAUGUGCAACGGUGUCAAGAAAUGUUGCACCAAAAACGGUUGCUGCAGAGGCGCUGACACUCCUCAAGUAUUCACCAUACAUGGACUCUGGACUGACUAUAAUGAUGGAACAUGGCCAGAAUGCUGCGAUGGACCGAGUUUUAAUCCAAAAGAGGUAGAGGCAUUGCAGAGUGCUUUAGAUCGAUAUUGGCCGUCGUACAGCUGUAGCAAAACAUCAAAUUGCCAUGGCGGAAAAGGCACAUUUUGGGGUCAUGAGUGGGAGAAGCAUGGCACAUGUGCAAAACCUGUUAUCCUAGACGAAUAUAAUUAUUUCUUGAUAACGCUGAACCUCUAUUUCAACUAUAAUGUUACAAAAGUUCUAAAUGAAGAAGGAUAUGUUCCGUCUAAUUCAGAAAAGUAUCCAGUCGGAGGCAUUAUUGCUGCAAUUGAGAAUGCUUUCCAUCUAACUCCUUCAGUAAUAUGCCAAAAAGAUGCUAUUAAGGAAAUUCGACUAUGUUUCUACAAGGAUUUUAAGCCAAGGGAUUGCGUUCUUCAAACCAACCGAAUGGUUACUUCAUCAGAAUCCUGUCCUCAAUAUGUUAGCUUGCCAGAAAUUAAAUCAUUGGAGCAUGGCUAUGAAGAUGGACUUGAAAGAUCGGAAUUGGCUGCUGCUCUUUGAGGCCAUGGCAUGAUGCUUGGCAAAUGAACAAGGCCACAUGAAUAAAUGUGUUGAUGUUGUUGUACCAUUUAUGUAUUUGGAGACAGUUGGAUUCUAGUUUAGAACUGGAAGGUUGGUUUGAGACCUUAAACCACCUUAGGUUAGCCAGAAAAGUGAAAGAAAUGGAUGAAAAUUAUUAUUUUAUACAAUAUGGAAGCAGGGCUUUCAUCUGUUUCUUUGUUACAAUAAACCAUGUUGAUGUAUCACAAGCAAUUCGGAAUAAUAUACUUAUUCUAAAUUAGUAUCAUCA